UAAAAAUGCUGUAGUGGGAGUUCAGGCUCUGCCCCUCGUGGUGUGAAGUGAACUGUCUCAGCUGCUACAUAAAAAGCAGCAGCAGACGACGGCGGCUGCACCUGUGGAUCUUCCCUCCAGCUCAAAGAUCUCUUUCAUCUGACGUUCGAGAUGUACGGGCACAACCAAGGAAAUCCGUAUCCGCCCGGAUACCCAAACCAAAUGCCCAAUCAGCCGGGGGGUUACCCUCACUGUCCUCCAGGAGGUGUCCCACCACACUGUCCUCCAGGAGGUGUCCCACCACACUGUCCUCCAGGAGGUGUCUACCCUCCCCAACAUGGAGGACACGGACCUGGACCUGGGCCCUGUCAAGGCCACGGACAUGGACAUGGACAUGACCAUGGACAUGGACAUGGACAUGGACAUGGACAUGGACAUGGACACGGCCACGGACAUGACCAUGGGCAUGGACAGUGUCAUGGACAUAAGGACAAGCACAAGCACGGCCACAAGCACAAGCACAAGCACGGCCACAAACACAACAAAUGCCACAAGAAAGGAAAGGACGGUCACGGGUCCUCCAGUAGCUCCUGCAGCAGCAGCAGCGACUCCGACUAGAAGAAAAAUCUUGGAGGUGAAACAACAGAACGAGCUGCAACCGGGAAACCUUCGCCCCCGGAUCCCGUCACCGUUCCACUCGCCACAGUUUCUUCACCGCUUUAAAAAAUCUAUCGUGUUAAAUAAAACUGACCCAGCAGAAUCAGUUCAUUGUCAUAAAAAAACAAUGUUUAGGUCGUCGUGACUUCCAUGGAAUGAUGUGGGUGUAUGAUUUCAUCCGUGACUAUGUUUUGUGAGAACAAAUAAAUUUCUAUUCCCGCUCAGA